AGGGAUACAACCAUAGAGACAUACAGGUUCAUCUCUCUCUCCCAGUCCCUUGCAGCAUCAGCAGCAGCACUAUAUAACACGAGCAUCCGUCGGCGCAGCCACAUUACAGUCCAUUCACCGGACCUCACACUUCAGGAGGGGCAUGCCAGAGUCAUAACAAGAUCAUUCUGCAAAACAUAGAUUUCCAAUAUGACUAAAUCCUACACGGAACAGACCAUGAUGUCAUCAGAACCCCAGGAUUCUGCGACCUGGACUGACGAAUGCCAGCGCUCCCAGAACGAACAGGAUAUGGAGAAGAAUAACGACGCGCUUGAGUCCAUGCACGGGGGCCUCGAGGAUGACGACGAAGAUGGGUUAAACAGACUGGAUGAGGAUGAUGAUGAGGAGGAAGAGGAAGAGGAGGAAGAGGAAGGCGACGAUCAAAAGCCUAAACGUCGUGGACCAAAAAAGAAGAAAAUGACAAAAGCCAGGAUGCAGAGGUUUAAGAUGAGGCGCCACAAGGCGAACGCGCGGGAAAGGAAUCGUAUGCACGGACUCAACGACGCGCUGGAGAGUUUGCGUAAAGUUGUGCCAUGUUACUCCAAAACCCAAAAGCUCUCAAAAAUCGAGACUCUGCGACUGGCUAAAAACUACAUCUGGGCCCUGUCAGAGAUCCUGCGGUCAGGGAAGAGCCCAGACGUCAUAUCAUUUGUCCAGGCCUUGUGUAGGGGCUUGUCUCAGCCCACUACUAACCUAGUGGCAGGCUGUCUCCAGCUCAACCCCAGAACUUUCCUCCCGGAGCAGACACAGGAGAUACCAUCUCAUAUGCAACCAGCAAGUGCUUCCUUCGCCGCGCAUCCAUACUCCUACCAGACUCCGGGUCUUCCCAGCCCUCCAUAUGGUACAAUGGACAGCUCCCACGUCUUCCACGUCAAGCCCCAUUCAUACGGAAGCGCGCUGGAGCCAUUCUUUGAGACCGCGCUGCCGCUUACAGACUGCACUAGUCCAUCAUUCGACGGACCCUUAAGCCCACCACUGAGUGUCAACGGGAACUUUUCCUUCAAACACGAGCCUUCGUCAGAGUUCGAAAAGAACUACGCUUUUACCAUGCACUACCAGGCUGCUGCGGGACUGGCAGGUUCACAGGGACACGCGCCCCUUUACCCGAGCUCUGCGCCGCGGUGUGAGAUACCGAUGGAAAACAUUAUGUCGUACGAAGGACACACUCAUCACGAGAGAGUCAUGAAUGCUCAGCUUAACGCUAUAUUUCAUGAAUCGUAAAUACAUUGAACGUGCAUCAAAGACUGAUAAGCGCGCGUCAUGAUAUGGUAUCCUCUUGCCACUGAUGCAAAAUAGCAAUUAUAAUCCGCUUGUAUGUAUUUAUUGUUGUUACUGCCUUUAGAAGUGCGGAUGCUUAUGCAUAUUAUUUUUCACCUAAUGUACUGUAUUGUAUUCGCGUCUACAUUAUGGUACAGGUCACAUUGUGGAAAUAGUGGUGACCAUACUGAGAAUGUGUUGAUUAUCCAUGUUACAAAAUCACAAGCAAUAAUUUGGAAAACUAUGCAAUUUAUAAACAAAUACUUGGGUCAAUAAAAAAAAUAUAAUAAAUAUUUCUAUAUUUUUCAACCUGCAUUUUACAACUGAUCUAUCCUAUCCUGAAUAAUUUAGUUGUGAUUUUGUACAGCAUUAUUCAUUAUUAGUUCCAAUUUCAUUUCACGUAACUCCAUGUUAUGUUUUAUAAAAUAGUUAUGAUAUGAUGCAACGGUUUUAUGAAAGAUCAUUAUCUAUACAGAGGCAAGUGCUCUGUUGCCUUAGCGAUUAUUUACUGCAAUUCAUGCAAAGCUGCACAAUAUUUAACAUUUUAUUUUCCCCCAAAACAUAGCCUAUUAUGGCUACUUAACAAUCAGGAAUGUUAUAUCGCUGAAUAGGUGGACAAUACAUAGGGGGUACUUACUUGCAAAGUAGCCUAAAUACCUUGAUUGUGUAUAAAAAGCGUAACUAUCAACUGGAAAUACUCAAUGUAUAAAACGAAUGACUUAUUAUUUCAUAUAAAACAUGUACAUUGACCGUGGGCCAUACCCCAUGCGAAAUCAUCUGCAGCACAUUUUGGAACAAACCAGGCACCAUCUCAUUGUGCCAUUGCAUGAAUGUGCAAAUCAGUGAAGAAGAGCCAUUUGCAGCAUCUGAUGCUCAAAUUCAAUGUGUGUUGUAUAUUGUUUGUAAACAUUUUACAAUGUAGGAGGGUGUUAGGGCCCAUUAGAGGACCGUGUGCCAUUAAAUUACUAUUCGCUAUUAAAUUAUAUGUUCGUUAUUUAUCCUAUAUUUUAUUUCGAAGGUUUAAACGUUUAAUUCUCUCCCAAUGUGAUUCAAGUGUACAUAAUUGCGUUGAGAUAAAUGUAUAAUGUAUAUCUCAUGAGGAGCACUCAAUUAUUUACAUAAUAAAGUGAAUGAGUAGCCUACAAUUUCUAUCAUUAUUGUCUGUUAACCUACCAACAUCUCUAUUAUAGGUUAAUAAUCAAAUUAUAAGUAAAAAUAACAUCUAAAGUAAACGUACAACUUAAACUGUCAAACCACGUGUUUGUAAGUAAUAUUUCGCAAUGGUUUAAAGUCCCUCAGCCUGCAUGGUUGCAAAAUAACCUUGACUUCUUUUGGGAUAGUCCUUUUGGUCUGGCAAAUCAUCCGAGACAAUCUAGUCCAGAUUAUUAUUUUUCAUGCAUCACUAUUACGCACGAUGGAUAGUGAACAUUUAUUUGCCCAUGUGUAAACUAUAUUAUUCUCUUCUACAAUAUUGUCCUUUAAGAUUGUUUGCUUAAAAUCUUAAUAAAUUAUUAAAAUUACAAAGCAACUUAAUAUGAGUGAAAAGGAGCAAUCACCCCCCUAUUAAAUGUAGGCAGAACUUAAGGCUGAAGGACAAAACAAGCGUUUUUCCUGCCACGGGUAGCUGCAGUCAAGGGGCAUUCACAUGCCUCAAUGGCGAAGUCCCAAAUGGCACCCUACUACUUUGGAGCAGAACACCACGAGUCCUAGUCGAAAGUAGUCCGCGAUAUGUGCCAUUUAGGACUUACACCAUAGUGUAUGCAAACCGAGCGAGGCACAUAUGUUACUUCUGCAGGGGAGGUUUUUAAUUUAUAAAAAUGAUAUUGUGUAUGCAUAAACACUCACUGGCCGCAUCUAUAACCCAAAAUGUCAAUCAUAAGGGAAAACCCCAGCGAGUGAGCUAGCCAGCCAACAUCAAUAUGGUAGUUAUAUUCUGCAUUGUGCUAUAUAUUUCCUGUUAAAGUAGUAUGAAUAACAAUUGGUGGUGUAUUGUAUCCGCCCUUCCUCGAUAAUAUACAAGCACCACCGUUCAAUUGGCAUGGGUAAACCAUUGGAAUAAUUUAAUGACUACAUCUUAGAUGAAAGUAAACCCUCACUGCAUGCCCCCAAAAAUUACAGAAAUAUGCAAUCCUGAAAUCUGUAUCCCAUAGCCUCUGUCAACGGGUUUCCAAAACACUUAUUUAUAAUUUCAUACAUGCACACAGUUUUGUUAUUUGAGACCUUUACCCUGGACCAAUCAAAUCACAGGGAACGUGCAUCCCUCCGUGUCAUCUGAAUCUUUAUAAAUGGGUGUGCAGGGUUCCUGUGUUAAAUCAGGAACUGUCCAUGGUGCUGCGAAGGCUAUUGGUGCCUCAGCUGCCCUGUCUAGGCCUAUACCUUUAUUGCUCAGUAUAUAACAGCAUAUUCCAUUGAAUGUCA